AUGUGGCUUAAACAGCGUUCCGCUCUAAUAGUGAUCGCCUUGGUAUGUUUUACAGUUCAAGCCACAACAGACGCACUCAGUCCCUCCAAGAGUUUAAACACAACUACGCCCACCAUCUUUAAAUUACCCACAACCAUAGAUGAGGACGAUUUAUUGCACGAAAUGGCUCUUUUUAUGAAAGACAAUAUGAAUUUAGCGGAGGAUCCUUGUGAAGAUUUCUAUGAGUUUGCCUGUGGUAAUUGGUCUCACAGUCCAAGAGUACCCCAACGUGGACAUAAUGAUACAUUUUUGCAUGCCAUACAAUUGGAACUAAAUGAUUUAAUGGUCGACUUUUUAAAGAAUUCAACGAGGACAACAAACAAAACUGCUGAAGCCAAGGCCAAACAGUUUUAUACAUCCUGUGUUGUGGGAGGCAAAGAUGUCAGUGUGGGAGUGAAAACUUUGUUGGACAGUGAAAAGGAAACUUUCGAAAAACUUAAAUUGUCGGGAGAAAACGAUUGGUUGGCAGUUAAUUUAAUGUCUCCCUAUGGAGUUUAUGCUUUGUUGCCUUUACAUGUUAAUUACAGCACCACUAGUCGGCAAUUUGAAGUUUCCUUAAGUUUGCCCAUUCCUCUACUGCAACAUUUCCAUAAUUCCUCUAAUUCUAAAGAUCUACUACAAACUCUUGGUCUAGAUAGCGAAGAAUUCCAAUUAAUGCUGGAAUUUGAGCGCAAUUUAACCAGCAAAGCCCAAGAACUUGAGACUGUGGAGAGAGUUACAAUCAAAAAGUUCUUACAUCUGCAUGAACAAGAUCCCAUCAAUUGGAAAACUUUCUUUAAAAUGGCCUUUCCUCAUUAUUUAGAAGAUGACUGGUAUGUUAGCAAUAAAGUGGCCAACUUUACACACUUGGAACGUUUCUUGCGCAAAUCGCACACAGAAAAUUUGCGCAAUUAUAUUAAAUGGCGCACGAUUUUGAAGUUCUACAAUAUUUGGAAAGAUCAAAUAUCAGGAGAUGACCAUAGAGAGCAAAUAUGUCGCCAACACACAGAAUCUUACUUCACGUACGCCUUAAUGCCCUGGUUCAUAGAAGUCCUUUACGAUCAGGAACGAAGAGAGGAUUCUUUAAAAAUAGCCGAUGCAAUACAAAACCAAUUCUUUGAAAUGAUUGCCAAUUACACCUGGUUGGAUGAGGAAACUAAAUCAAAGGUCAAAACUAAACUAAGAGCCAUGGAUGUAGCUGUGGGUUACAAAGAUGAAAUGCGCCACCGAACAUUAUCCAAUCAAAUUUAUAGUACUGUGCAAAUAGGCACGGAUUGGUUUAAGAACCUUGAAAACUUGGAAGCCUAUAGGGCCGGCAUACGUCUCAACUCGGUGCACAAGACCAUAGUGCCUCCCAUGCUGUCACCCUUUAAUGUGAAUGCCUACUAUGUUGACUACAUUAAUACGGCCUUUAUAACCAUGGGCAUUUCCCAAAUGCCUCUGUACAAUGUAAAGUUCCCAGAUUCCCUUAAAUUUGGUGGCAUUGGCAUGUUAAUAGGCCAUGAAAUGGCUCAUGGUUUUGACUCCAACGGCUAUCUAGUCAACUAUGAUGGUAAAAGACAUCAAUGGCUGUCACCUGCAUCGCUGCGCAAUUUCAAGGAACGCUAUAGUUGUUUGGAGAAUCAAUACAACAAAUUUAUAUAUCGUGGUGUACAGACAAAUGGUUCAGCCACUAUGCCCGAUAAUAUUGCGGAUAACGCGGGCUUACGCUUCGCUUAUCAUGCAUACCGAAAGCAUUUGGCUUCAGCUAAGGAGAGCGAAGAAAAACCUUUGCCUGGCUUGAAUUUCUCUAACAAUGAAUUAUUUUACAUUAAAUUUGCUCAAUCUUGGUGUACGGGCCGAGAUGAUUCCUACAAAAUGCGUCAUAUUAAAUUGGAUCAUCAUGCGUAUGGUGAGUUUCGGGUAUUGGGGCCGCUGCGUAAUAUGCCCGAAUUUGCUCAGACCUUUAACUGUAAGUUGGGCACACAAAUGAAUCCUUUGAAAAAGUGCGUGGUAUGGUAA